GAUGAUUCAGAUAAAAUGAAAAUAAAUUAAUACAAUGAGUGAUCCAACUGAAUCAUAGUAGAAAUAAAAUAAUGAUGUAAUAUACUGCAAACAUCAUCCUGAAGAAUAGGUAACUAGGGUAUGCAAUAGUCCAGAAUGCAAUAAAGAUGGAUUCAUUUGUUCUAAGUGUGUGCAUGAAGGAGCACAUGAAGGUCACCCAUCAUUUGGAUAUGCUAAGUUAAAGGCUGCUCUCAUUAAAUUUGUUAAUUCAUUCAAGAACACAAUAAGAUCUAACCAAGGAAGGAUAAUUGAGUUAUGCUAGAAUGUAGAACUAUUUGGAAGAGACUUCGUAAAGUAUAUACAAAUAAGCCUAAAAGUUGAAUAAAUUAAGUCAAUUCAUGGAAAAUCUGAAUGAAACUCUAUUAAGCUUGUAAGAGAUUGGAGAAGAGGUAGAUAUUGCAUAUACUAUACUUUACAACAUGGAUAAGAAAGAAACAGGGGAGUAGAUGUAUCCACCCUUAAUGAUUACUUAAAUUAAUUUCAGACUAUUGAUGGAUAUCAAUCUAGACUCAUAAAAUCAUGAAGUAUCAAUCAAGCCAUCAAGCAUUUCACCAAUUGAGAAUCAAGAAUAUUUUAGAUAAGAAAGCAGAUUUCACAUCAUUAUUAAGAAAAACAGUAGAAGAACAUGA